AUGGAUCUCAACGAAAACAAUCUAUUGGAAUCAGAUGAUGAUGAAUUGUCAUUACAAGAUGUAUUGGUUCAACAAGAUAAUGAUCUUCAAUUCUUUUCAAAUCAUAAUCCUUAUCUUUAUAAUAAUAAUAGUAAUAAUAAUAAUAACAACAAUAAUGGAUUCUUACAAAUGCCAGCUCAUUUACUUGGCAAUGAAGAGUUACAAGUUGAUGAGAACCAAUUCUCUGUAAUGACUGGAAUGAACAAUCAACAACAAGACGAUAACGAUGAUGAAGAAGACGAUGAAUAUGACUCUGAUAGUGACUCUGACCAAGAUAAUAACAAUACAAUGGAUGUAGAAAGUAAUAAUAAUAAUAAUAAUAAUGGUAAUGGUAAUGGUAAUAGUAAUGGCAUAUCAAUACAGUUUCAUUAUGAAAAUCCUUAUCAACAUUAUUAUGACUCUAAUCAAUCAGGUGACCAUUCUCCUAUUACUCAUUUUGGUUAUGAACCUCAACAACAAGAUACAACAUAUAAACCAACUCAGCAACAACUACAACAACAACAUAAUAAUAAUCAAUCAAAAAUACAUCAAGAACAACAACAAAUAAUAGAUUAUUUCUCAAAUAUGCCAAUUGAUAUUAUAAUAUCAAUACUUGUAUUUUUGGAUAAUACGUCACUUCAAAAUAUCAUGCUUGUUUCUUCACUCUAUUAUGACCUUUCUUUUGAUUUUGAAAUUUGGAAACCAAAAUGUAAACUUUCAAAUCAAAGUGUAAAUAGUACAAUUACAAAAGCAACCUUUUUAACACCUGGUUUUGCAUCUGGUGACAAUCAAAAUAAUCAUCAUAAUCAAAAUAAUAAUAUUCAUAUUAAUAAUAAUCAUAUGGUAAAUGAACAUGGAGGAGGAGAGAAUUUAUCACAACAAUUAUCAUCGUUGGUCAUGUCAAAGAAAAAGGUUCGAUUUUAUAACAAUGAGUUGGAACCAUCAACAAAUGACAGAGGAUCUUGGAAACGUCUAUACAAUGACUUGGGAUCUAUUGUAUUAUACGAUACAUACGAUUUAUUGUUAGAAGCAAUAGAAUCAUCUACUCAAGACACUGAUGACCAAUCCAUUGAAAACACACUUCAACCAAACAAAACAUUUUGGUCUUCCAAAGGCAGUACAGUCGACUCUAACGAAUAUCUCAUCUAUAAACUCGAACAACCCAUAUGUAUAGUAUCUUCAAUUCAAAUUCAUGUUUAUAGAGCUUUCUUUCAACCAAGUACACCAAUUUACUCGCCACAAUGGAUUAGAGUAUCAGUUGGAUUUUCACCAUUUAAUAUGCAUUAUACAUCUGAUUUAUUUCAAGUUGAAUUAACAGAUGAGCCACAAACAUUUACAUUUGAACCUCGGUUGGUGGUAGGAGGAUACAUUAAAAUCGAUUUAAUUGGUAAACAACAAACUCAAAUCAACGAUGGAUUGUAUUAUACUGUAUUAAGAUAUGUAUGUGCUGAUGGUCGGGCUAUUGGAUCAUUAUACAAUUGUCCUGAUUUGUGUAAUUCAAUGAUUGAAUUUGCUAUGAAAUAUCAGUCAUUGGAAUCUCUUUAUAAAAUGGUUGUUAGCAAGUCAGCGUCGUCCUCAUCAUCUACAACUACAACCACCAGUACAACGACGACAACAGAUUCAUCAGCCAUGACAACUCCAGUAAUGACAUCAACUACUGAUACCUCCACCACUGUCACACCUUGUAUAGGCACUAGUUCAGCCAUUGCAAAUACAUCUAAUCAUUCACCAUCAAACCUCCUUUCACUGCUACGUGGAUUAAUUUCACCAAAGUUGGAUAAAUCAAAAUUAUAUCGUCAUCAAAUGGAAUCUGUAUUGGGGUAUAUUCUAGAUGGGAAAUAUGAAACUGCAAUUAAUACAGUUAUAGAUCAAAACCUAAGAACACCAAAAAUAUUUAAAAUGUUUUUAUCAGUACCAAAUCCAAGUGCAAUUUCACAAUACUUUAUUACAUUGUAUAGUCAUUCGAAUAUGUUGUUUUCACAGGAUGAAUCAUUGUAUGUUGUGAGAGAGAUGUUUGAGUCACAACAAGAAUAUCUAUUUUCACGAUUGGUCAUGUCUGGCAAAUUGUACAUGUCGGAGCAACUUGGUGACUUUUUACUCUUCUCUGGACACCCCUUGAUUGCAGCCAAUGUAUACAAUCGAUCUCGUGUCUCUGACAAGAUCAUCCAAAGUCUAUUUAUCUCUGAACAUCACAUUGAAACCAUCAAUCAUGUAGUUGAAUUAUUAGAAGAUAAUUUUAUUGAUAUUAUUCAUUUAAUUAAAUUAUUUAAAAAAUAUUCAUUAUAUCAAGCUUUUAAAUUCACCAUAUUACUUUUGGAGAGAAUUCCAGAACCACCAUUUACAAUGGAUCAAAUCAACGAUCAAUUUGACAAUUUAAAUGCAACAGGAGUACCUGAUGCAAUCGACAAACUCAAGAUACUUAUGGCACAGGAAGAAGAUUACAAACCAUCGAUCAUUGUCUACAAGGACAAAUCUUCUCUUGGUCCAUUUUUCGAAUUACUAGGAAGAUCCAUUAUCUUAUCUAAUGGUCGAGAUAAUAAUUAA